AGGUUCUUGACGUCCAACAUGUCAAUUCCGAGAAGUUGGGAUGUUCAUCAAGGAUUUCUGACUGGGCUGUCCCUUCUGGGGUUCAUCCUCGUAAUGAUUCCCCUGCCUUGGUUCGUCAAAGCUAGGAAUAUCGGCUGUAUACUAUACAUUUUCUGGGUCGGGUUGUUAUGCCUGUUCACAUUCGUGAACGAUGUUCUCUGGAGGGAUAAUGCGAGGAAUCUUGCACCAGUGUGGUGCGAUAUCUGGGCGAGACUCCAACCCAUGGGCAGCAUUGGAAUAUUGUCCGCUGGCUUGGUGAUCGCUCGCCGCAUUUCUAAUAUCGCGACAACUACAAGCCUAUCAGUAGACAGCGAGCGCCGGGAGUGGUGUAUCGAUUGUCUCAUCGGGAUGUCUCCCCCGGCAUCACAGAUCAUCAGCUUCUAUUUUGUUCAAGGACAUCGGUUCAACAUUUACGAGGGCCUUGGCUGCUAUGCGGCCGUUCCCAACUCAAUUCUGUUCAUAUGCUUGACGUCCAUAUGGUAUAUCAUCAUUGGUCUCAUCUCUGCAGUAUACUGUGCCAGGACCCUAUAUGCGGUCUUUAAACGCCAUCAGCAAAUCAGAGACUUAUUCUCACCUACCUCCGAAGUCAGUCUACACCAAUACUAUCGACUGAUUGCGAUGGCUACUGUCGAGAUGUGUUGCACCACACCCCUCAGUAUUUUCGAUUUGGUCGAGGUAUCUCGAGGGUACUACCCGUGGAGAGGAUUCGAGGACCUACAUUCCGGUUUUGACCGAGUGGACCAAUGGCCCUAUGAACUUUGGGCAACGAAUCUCAGCAACAUUCGAAGCCAGUGGUACCAGAUCGGUUGCGCGUUCAUCUUCUUUGCAUUGUUCGGUUUCUCCGCAGAGGCUUGCAAUCGGUACCGUCAUGCCUUCGGUGUCGUCACGAAGGUCAUCUUUCCUCAUAAGCGUCACUCCCGGGGACAUACCAAGCAGCCUGCUGUAGACAGUCUGGUCUUCGAACAGUGCCAUACCAACAUGUCAGCGUCACAAGUAUAACAAAUAAUUACUCCAGUAGUGAACACAAAUGCGACAGUAACGAGUAGCAUUUAAUACUUAGUUUCUUCCUCUUGCAUCUUUGGAUUACAGUUGUAUAGAAUAGAUAGACUGAGAGAUACCAGGCUCAUAUACAGUAAACAGAAUCCUUCGUAUCCUUCGUCUAGCAAACUUCACAAGUACACUACAUUUUUCCAAGACAUGAAGAGAGGCCUAGACAGACAAGAAACAAGGGAAGAAAGAGAAAUCAUGGAGACAAAAGGAAAAGGGGUAUGGCAGCUUGCUGAUUUGUGCAUGCUAUAUGAUAGAUGGUGGUGAAGAGAAAAUAAACGGUGGAGGAAUGACCGACUACUGGAGGUAUGGUGAAUUCGACAUGGAGACAAGGUAGAAUAGUGAACAAGGGAACGAAAGGACAGUGUAAGCAGAAAUGUGACAUUGGAAUGUGAAUCAUUAGCAG